AUGAGCCGACUGCUGGCGGCCCUGCGCUCGCCCGGGGCGCGGCGCCGGGCUUCGGCGGCCGCCCUGUGCACGGACGCCAGGUCGGAGCUGCUGCAGCCGUGCGCACAGGCCCCGGCGGCGCCCCGCGCGAAGGUGUCGGUGGUGGGCGCGGGCGCGGUGGGCAUGGCCUGCGCCGUGAGCAUCCUGCUGCGGGGCCUGGGCGACGAGCUGGCGCUGGCGGACCUGGACGCGGCGCGCGUGCGGGCGGAGGUGCUGGACCUGCAGCACGGCGCCGCCCUGGCCCGCCUGCCCGCCGUGGUGGGCGCCGGCGACCUGAGCGUCACGGCCGGCUCCCGCCUGGUGGUGCUGUCGGCCGGCGCCCGGCAGCGGGAGGGCGAGUCGCGCCUGGCGCUGCUGCAGCGCAACGUGGCCGUGUUCCGCGGCCUGGUGGCCGACGCGGUGCGCCUGAGCCCGGCCUGCACGCUGCUCGUCGUGUCCAACCCGGUGGACGUGCUGACCUACGCGGCCUGGCGCCUGAGCGGCCUGCCGCCCGCCCGCGUGCUGGGCAGCGGCUGCAACCUGGACACGGCGCGCCUCCGCUUCCUGCUGGGCCGGCGGCUGGGGCUGCACGCCGAGAGCUGCCAGGGCUGGGUGCUGGGCGAGCACGGCGACUCGAGCGUGGCCGUGUGGAGCGGGGCGCAGGCGGCCGGGCAGCCGCUGGCGGCGCUGGGCGGGGACCCGGCGCGCUGGGCGCAGCUGCACCGCGACGUGGUGGCCGGCGCCCACGAGGUGAUCCGCGGCAAGGGCUACACGUCGUGGGCCAUCGGGCUGUCGGUGGCCGACCUGGCCGAGAGCCUGCUGCGCGACCUGCGGCGCGUGCACCCGGUGUCCACGCUGGCGCGCGGGCUGUACGGCGUGGAGGCCGACGUGUUCCUCAGCCUGCCCUGCGUGCUGGGCGGCGGCGGCGUGGCCGACCUGGUGAAGAUCCGGCUCAGCCCCGACGAGCGGGCGCGGCUGCGGAAGAGCGCGGACACGCUGUGGGCCGUGCAGAAGGAGCUGCGCUUCUGA